GUCAAUAAAGUUGUGUCAAACAAACACGCUGACGUCAUUUUGCAAUGGCAGCCAGCAGCACAACAGUGUCAGUUCUUGCUCCAAAUGGACGAAGACAAACCGUAAAAGUCUCCCAGAACACACCCCUGCUUCAGGUUCUCGAGGAAGUGUGCAAGAAACAAGGUUUUAAUCCAGAUGACCACGGACUGAAGUUUCAGAGGAAUGUGCUGGACCUGACGCUGCAGUGGAGGUUUGCCAGCCUGCCAAACAAUGCCAAGUUGGAGAUAGUGUCAAGCACCAGGCAGCGUGCAGGGGCAGAUAGCACGGUCCGGGUUGCACUACAAUUAGAGGAUGGAUCUCGUCUCCAGGGAUCAUUCCCGAGUGGCCACAGCCUAUGGGAUCUGCUCAGCCACUUCCCCCAAACUAGAAUAUCUGAACUGGAAGUGCCAGGAACCACACCAGUCUGUGUUUACAUGAGAGAUGAAGUCAGUGGAGAGGAGGCUCUUAAGAGGACCACUCUGAGGUCUCUGGGCCUGACUGGAGGCAGUGUCAUACUGAGGUAUGUACUGAAAGCAAGUAACACUCCAGGGAACAAUGAGCCUAUGGAGACAGCUGCGACACCAACCAACACAGCUGCCCCAGCAUCCCAGUCUCCUCCUGCUGUUAACACCAUGCACCACUCUGAUCUGCCAGAUGAGCCCACACCUGCCCCAGUGCCCAUCGAAACCCCUAGUCCACCCUCUCAAUCCCCCGAAUCUGCUGCCCAAAUGUGCCAGGCACUUCCUGUCAAACAGGAGCAGGCAGAGCCGUCUAGAAACUAUCAGCAAGUUGUGCGGCCCAAAAUCAGGCAAGCUGAUAUUCAGAUGCCUCAGGAGGCCAGUUCUGUGCCACAAGUGGAUGAAGAGCAAGCAGGGCCGUCCCACAAAUAUAAUUCCCACUCAGCUACGCCCAGCAACUUUGUGCCUUUCUCUGGUGGUGGGCAGAGGCUUGGAGGAUCUGGAGGUGAUGAACAGAAAGAGUGCCCUUUACCGGUGUCAUCCUCUUCCUCACCGCUCUCCAGUGGGCCUCCAAAAGCCAAGAAGGCCAAACCGAGCCAUGAAGUCCAGCGUUCUUCUCUUGCCACAUGCAGGGCAAAGGAUGCGGAGGAUGCAGAGGAAUAUCUGGAGCCGGUGGACAGGGAGCCGCUUGUCUUCCACCUGGACACGGCAGCACAGCGGCAGCGUGAUGACAAGGAGCUGCCAGACGAGUUCUUUGAGGUGACGGUGGACGAUGUGAGGAAGAGGUUCUCGCAGCUGAAGAGUGAGCGGAGGGUGUUGGAGGAGGCCCCUCUGAUGACUCAGUCUUUAAGGGAAGCUCAGAAGAAAGAGAAGAUAGAUAGGUAUCCCAAGGUGGUGCUGAGAAUUCAGUUUCCUGACAGACGAGUCCUCCAGGGCUUUUUUAGACCACUAGAAACAGUCGCUGUUCUGAAGCAGUUUGUAAGGACUCAUCUACAGGAUCCUGAUCUCCCCUUCUAUCUAUUCAUUGCCCCUCCUAAAACCAAGCUCGAUGACCCCAGCACUACUCUGUUUCAGGCCAACCUCUUCCCUGCUGCUCUUGUGUACUUUGGCUCGGACGUGAAGACAGAUUGCUAUUUGCGCAGUGAUCUUGUGGACGGCAGUGUCUCUGCCCUGCAGGCUGAUGAGCUCAUUGCUGGCUGUAUGCCCAGGUCUCCAGCUCCAUCCUCCAGUUCACUACCCUCUGAGGACUCCCUUGCUCUGUACACCGAGUCUAAUGAAGCUCCCAGGAGCCAGGAGAACCCAGAGGACCCCAGUGAUGAGCAAAGCCAAGCACCCAAACCGGUCCGCACAGACCCUGCAAUGGUGCCCAAGUGGCUUAAGCUGCCAGGAAAGAAGUAACAACCAUGAAGUCAUUAGAUGUUUAAGAAGAGGACUGGAGACUGGCUUCCUCAGUAGGCAAAUCCCCGGAGGGCCCUUGAUGAUGUCAAUAACAAAAACAAGAUGUUGAAAGCACGUAGCUGCCAAUGCAAAUAGAGCCAGCCCUAUAUUUCUGUGGUGAUUAAUGAGAUGCUUUGUUCAUUAAAGCUGAGAUGUCAGUUGCCAA